UAGAUAUUUUAAAAAAUUUAAAUUUAUAAUAAUUAAAUUAAUAAUAAAAAUUAAUUUAAAUAAAUUCAAAAUUUUAAAUCAAUUUUGCGGCAAAAUUCCAGUAAAUCAGAGAAUUGCAUUUAUAAAAACAACAACAACUAAAGUGAAACGGACGACGGUUUUGUAUACAAGAAUAACUCUCUAAACGCAAAUACGUCGCGCUCUCGAGUGUGUACGGUUGAGCGAGAGAUAGAGAGUGAGAGAGGAUUUGUGCAGUGCUUUUGUUAUUUCUGGAGAGGGUGGAUUUCGAAGUAUUGCGGGGGAAAAUUACUUAGCGGAGAAGUGAGCAUACAUCGGGCGAAUUUGGUGAAACAUAAGUUGGAAACGAAAAAAAUGGUCAAUUAAAAAUUAAAUAAAUUUUAUUUUGCAAAGAGAUCACAGGCAAAAUGCAAUGGUCCAGCACAAUCAGUGAAAUGGCCUAAAAGUGGGGCAAUACAACAAAAAAUUUUAUAUGAAAAUCCUAAGAGUUUAGUGAAGUGAAUUAAAACCCUUUGAGAAACCAAACGCGGAUACAAACAAAAAAUAUAUCUCGUUUGCUGCAGCAAAGUCGGGCGGCGGCUGCAUUUGGACGAUUUCAUCGGUUUGUGUUGGUUGCGUGUAAGUGUGUGCGUGUGUGUGUGUGUGUGUGUACGGGCGUGUGUGUUCCUUGGGUCUCACUGGACCCCAAAAUUAACAUUCGGAGAAAGAAAGAGCGACCCAGAGAGUAGAGGAGCCCAUCUAUCCUGUGUCUGCCAGUGUGUCGGUCAGUGGCGUUGCCAGCUAACCGGCCAGCUAGCUAUUCAACCUGAUCAUUGAUUCAUCUUCAACGGGCCAAAACCCCCCAAAAAAAAACGAACAAAUCCUGUUUUGUAACCUUAAAUUGCAAGAAAAUAAAAUCGAAACAAACUUCAUAAUCAUCACUGAAUACAAGUCAACCAUUGUGGUGGACGACGAAGCGACAACAGCAACAACGAAGUUAAUCCCCAGCAAAACAAUCUAAACGAGCAAACGAACGAAUAAACAUCGCAAUAAUCAUCAUCAUCAUUGCCAUCAUUUAAUAAGAGGAGCAGCAGCACCAGUUCAGCAGCCAACUACUUUCGCCUUGAAAAGAAAAUUUUUGCAAAAAACGGCUCCAACAUGUCGACACGUUCUCAGCUAACAAAGGAUUUAAAUGGUAAAAACAGCCUUCAUAUAUCACAGAGCGUAAAAUCCAUAUUGGGUCGUCACACAAAAAUCCUGGUCAAAUAUAUGGUUAAAUUGGAGACAAAAAAUGAUAAAACAGAAAAUCGUGUUUUGGUUUUUACACCAGUGCGCAUCUAUUUGCUUAUUGCAAAAGUUCCCACAAAGAUUGAGUGCCAUUUUCACUACUUGGACAUACAAGCGGUGGAGAGUAAGAAACCUAGCCACUUUUCCAUUAUAACCAAUGAUCGUCCCUACAAUUUUGCCACCACCGGUGAUGCGGGAAAUUUUAGUUCGAGUGCCGAUGUGAUUUUGACAGAUUUAGCAUCAGCCAUAAAACAAAUUUUUCCAACAGUUCCUUUAAAAUAUAUUAUAAGGAAGAUUGAUAUACAACCACCGGAAAGGGAGACAAUAUUCUCUGAGGAAUUUCGACCUUCAGAUCCCCGCAAUAUCGGACCAUGUGGUGGCUUUAGCACCCAAUAUGCCUGCAUGUGUGAUUUUCAUGGAGUGCCCUAUCGAGAAGAAGUUGCCUGGGACAUUGACACCAUCUAUUUGUCGCAUGAUACGAGAAUUUUAAAUUUACGUGAUUUUGAUCAUUUAGAACCAAAAGACUUAAUGGCCAUUGUAUCGGCUUUGGAAUAUAACACAUUUUUUCGUGGCUUAAAAGCUUCGCAUAUGCGUUUAUCCAAUGAAACUUUGGAACGUAUACUUCAUGUGCUCAAGCGUUCUAUGUGGCUCGAGGAGUUGCAUUUAGAAGCCUUAGGUUUAAGAUCCGAUUUUCUUCAUAAAUUAGCUGUAUCUGUGAUUACAAAUAAUAAUCCUGCAAUACGUACCAUCGAUUUGAGUCAUAAUCUAAUUGAGGAUAAAGGUGCAAUACAUUUGGCAGGACCCAUUGCUAAGGUCUCCAAGGGUCUAUGCAAGCUGGCAUUAGCACACUGUGGCCUUACAUCGAAGGGUGUUAAUCAAAUGUCACAUUCACUGUCGCUCAAUCAAAGCAUUUCAAAUUCUUUAACACAUUUAGAUUUAAGUGGUAACAAUCUUAAAGAUGAUAUAACUAAUUUACACAAUUUUUUAGCACAACCAAAUGUUUUAGAAUAUUUAGAUCUCUCUUCGACUGAUAUUACAUUAGAGAAUUUAUUUGGUGCCCUUUUACGCGGUUGUGCAACACAUUUAGCUCAUCUCAAUGUCUCCCACAAUUCGUUUAGCACAAAGAAAGGCAAGGAGAUACCCCCCUCGUUUAAGCAAUUCUUUACGAGCUCUUUAAGUUUAAAGCAUUUAAAUAUUGCCGGUUGUAAAUUGCCCAUGGAAGCAUUGAAAAAUUUACUACUCGGCUUGGCAUGCAACGAGUCAACAGCUGGGCUGUAUUUAGAUUUAAGUGGUAAUACCUUAGGUGCCCAGGGUGCACAUGUUCUAGAAUCAUGUAUACAUGGUGUUCGCGUAUUGCAAAGUUUAAAUAUAAGUGACAAUAAUUUGGAUGUCGAAUUAGCUCCCGUAUUAACAUCUAUUUCUAAGAAUCCCUCAAUACGCACAUUGAAUAUGUGCCGCAGUUUGACGGGCAUGAAAUUGAAACAUAUUCCUACAGUCAUGGAGGCUUUAGUGAAUCUAAUACAAAAGGAUGAUUUUCCCCUGGCGGAAUUGACAUUGUCCGAGAAUAAGCUGAAAAAUGAUAUACACGAUUUUAUAAAUGCCUUGGGCAGCAAUCAGAGUUUACAAAAAUUGGACAUUUCGGGUAACUAUAUGGGCGAUGUGGGUGCCCGCUUGCUGGCCAAAGCCUUGCAGAUCAAUAACAAACUACGCUCAAUUUACAUGGAUAAGAAUAAUAUAACCCUGCAGGGUUAUGCCGACAUAGUCUAUGCCUUGGAGAAUAAUUACAGCAUGCGUUGCAUACCUUUUCCCGUUUUCGAUAUAGCACCGCAUCUGAAGAAUCACCCGGACAAGACCGAUACCAUAAUGCGUAAAAUGCAAGAACUUUUACAUCGCAAUGGCAAUGGCCUAAAACGCACCAAUGGCCAAGGUUUCCGUUUGCAGCAUGGCUUUUUACUCUCCUCCACUCAUCAGUUGGUCGAUAAGCUGGUGGCCGAAACGCAAGACACCAUUUCCAUUGCCAAGAGCAGCAAUGAUUCAACAUCCUCAUCGGCGGUGCAGCGCCUCAUUGAAGAUGCUGAAAAUUGCAAGCAAUUAAUGCCAAAGCUGCAGGAGGCCGUACGCUGUGAAACUCAUCCAGUGGAGGUUAAACUCACCCGUGUUGCCACCGAUCUUAGUUAUACCAUACAAAACUAUUUGGAAGAAACUCUGGAGACUAUGAUACGCACCGGUGUCGAACAGUGUCCCAAGACAUUGGGCAAUCAAGUUGUGAUUCAGGAUUUGCGCAAGGUGCUCAGCGAACGUUUGGUCAUACCCGAGGGAUUUCUGCAAGCAUGUCUACUCAACAAUGCCGGCAGUGAGAUAAUGAACAAAGUUAGUGAAAUUGAACAAUCAUUGGCCGCCUCCAUAUCUGAUCGUGCCACAGAUGAGGUCUUGGAAGCCCUAACACGACAUCGUCGCGGUUUGGGCAUUGCUGACUCACCCUCUGUUAUGCUGGAUGAACCACAGACACCCGAUAUAGUGCGUAGUCGCUCUAGUCAUGACUCCGAUGGUAUGAUAUUGCGACCAGGACGUGUUUGCAUAUUGCCCAAACUAGGAUUGGAAUCACCCACUGCUACACCGCAUAUGCCCACCAAACGACGUUCGGUUGCCCUCAAAGUACGGCCACAAUCGGUGGUGGAAAAUCUUAGUUUGGGCCAUAUACCCGAUCUGUUGGAAUCCCCAUCGUCACAUCGGUCCACAUCACAGAUGUCACGGCGUGACUCGUCCAUCAACGGUGAUGGCACCUUGACCAGUGAUAGCCGUGGUGCUUUAGACGAUGGCGGCGGCGAUGAAUGUUGUGACUCCAUAACAGAAUUGCCCAGUGCCUCAUUCCAGUUGCAACAUCUAGUCAAAGGUCGUCCGAAGAGGGCCAAAACUCGUGCUCCCACCCGGCCAUUGGUAACGGCCAUGGAGAAUGGCCUGAGUACCAAGGAAAUUGGUGAGGGUCUAGAUCAAUUCUUUCGCCCUGGUUCGGUAACCCCAACCACACUUACACCCUUAGUAUCACCCACCUCAGAGGAAUGCAGCUCUCUGUCGUUUGUCGAUAGUCCCACAAUGAGCCGGAAUGGCAACGAUCACAUGACCUCCGAAGAGACAACGCCCAUAUUGGAGGAGCGUAGGCCCAUUAAGUUGGAACGUCAUUCGCCAUUGUUGAAGGGUGCGGCCUGGGCCACACGUUCGCGUUCCACAGACAAUUUGGAGAAAUACUCACCCCUGGUGGGUCGCAAAUCGCCCUUGGUGAAAAUGCGCACCGAGGGUGGUAAUGGAGCAAAUGAUGGCUUGCCCGCCGACUCCUCCCUGCCCACUACACAAGCAGAACGUUUGCUGAAGACACAUUCGGGGCGUGAGGAUAAAAUGCGUUCGCCCAGCUCAGAUUCCAUUAAAUCCCAUGCAGAUCCUUCAGUUUUGGCUAAGACUGGCAAUGGUAUAUUACGCACACCCAUAGUAUUACAGAAGCCCCGACCCUGGUCUGUGGUGGGCAAUGAGCCCAAAGUGGGUCAAGGUUCUAACUCGGUGCAUUCGGGCAGUGAUUCGAGUAAAACGACACCGGAAAAAUUAGAAGAAGAAGUUGAAGUUGUACCAUUUGGCAAUAAUACAGGAGGUUCAAUAGUGGGUAUAACACCAGGCGCUGCAUUGGAAAAGAAAUCUGUACGGGAACUUGCGGCUGGUUUAAAUCGUCUAGAUUUACCCCUUAAACCACAAGUGUUGCCACGCUCGUUACUAACAUCCUCAUCAUCAUCGGCGAUAUCAAAACCGAAUAACAUCAACCUCAAUCGUAGUUCCACUUCGUCAACAAUCUCCUCAACAUCGGUGACUUCGAAUGAAGGCAAUAGCAAGAUCAUGACCACAAGUUACAUAAACAAUGAAAUGAAGGAGGUGUUGAUGACUAAAUCGCUAACAAGUGAAAAUGGCACCAAUGAAAUUCUAAAUAUACGAAAUAGCCGUAUAACCUCAUCAUCCUCAUCAUCGUCCAGUGGUGCUUCUAAGACCCAUGAUUUUCUACACCAAGAAAGACAAAAGGAGAACGAUGAUGCGGCAGCGGCAACCAUGACUACAUCGACGGGCUUUAAGCGUGUUAUAGCUGGCAAAGAAAUUUCAUCAGUUUUUGAGGAGACAUUAGUUGAAGGCCUACAACGAUCAUCUAUACGGCAGACUUUUAGGGAUAACCAAUAUACCAAAGAGGAUGUCGUUGAUCUUUAACAAGCCAGCGAAAGACCCCCAUAGUUCACAUUUUAGUUAAUAAGCAAACUAAACAUAAAUGGAAAACAGAGAAACAUUUAAUCAUACGAACAAGAAGAAGAAAUAACAUUUUAUGGAAAAAGAAUCCGAAAAGCAAAAGAGAAAAGUUACAGAGCAAAACUAAAAUCGAAAUAGUCUUCUAAAACCUAAUUAAGAGAAUUAAAUUAUAUAAAAAAAAGAUUUUUUUUUUUUGUAUUUUUUAACCUUCUUGUAUUGAUUUUAGAAUUUUAAAUAAUUAUGUGAAUCAAAAUUUUUGUGCAAUUAAAUUUUUAUUUUUUUUUUUCAUUUUAUGUGAAUGCAAAUGAUAAUGAACUCUUAUUCCAUUGUAAUAUAUAUUUUAUAUAAUUUUUUUUUAAACUUAUUUAUAAUAUAAACUAUAAUUAGAACAAAAAAAAUUUAAGGAAAACUCCCCCUAUGCCUAGGCAUAUUUAACAUACAUUAAGUAACCAAUGAAAAAAGUGAAAAAAAGAAAAGAAAAACCCAAGAAAAUGUAUUUUUUAUACUAUAAUUUUGUCUGAAAUCUAAUUCAAAAAAUGUCAUACCCACUACACUACACACAUCCGUAAACACUUUUUUUAUAUUGAGAAUAUAUAUCAUAUGUACAUUAUUUUAGUCCCCCUCCCCCUCCUCCCAUAUAUACAAAUAUAUAUUUUUGUUUUAAAUUAAUAACUCCAUAUAAUUAUUACACAUAUUUAAAAUAAAUCAAUAAAAACAAAAUUAAAUAAAACAAAAAAUAUACAC